CAGCCGGAUAUCAGAAAAUACAACUUAUCACACGAUGGAUAAAUCUGGCGGCGUGACGUAAUUAUGGCCGAAUUUUAACUACUGUCUGCGUUAAAUAUCGAAUUUAAGAUGUCGAAUAAGCGCCUGGUCACACAGGGGUGCAUCUUGCUUGCGUUUUUACCCGUUAUACUCGGUGGUGGUGGUGGUAUUAUUUCAUCAUGGAGUUUUACACCAUACAAUGUCUUACAUCAUUUAUUCUCAAGAAGUGUAUCUGAUUCUGGUGACUGUACACAUGUUGAUCCAUCACUGUGUGAAGAAUGUCCAAAUGGAACAUAUGCAAAUCACAAAAAUCUUUCUUGUACUUGUUGUUAUGCUGGUAUGUGUAAUACAACAAAAGCCUGUACAGAAUGCGCAAUUGGUCAUUUCCAAAAUAUGAAAAACAAGACUGCUUGUAUGUUGUGUCCUCCUGGGUCUGCAACAAAUGAAACUGGUAGUGUUCUGUGUACAGAGUGUAAAGCUGGCCAUUAUGCUAAUAUAUCAGGCAAAGAUGUCUGUUCACAAUGUAAGGCAGGUACAAGUUGCAAUUCAACAGGCUGUACAACAUGUAAAUUAUGUCAAACUGGACAUUACCAAGAUAAAGAAGGAAAGACUAGUUGUAAACAGUGUGCAAUUGGUACAUAUUCAAAAGUAAAAGGAGCAGCUAAGUGUUUACCCUGUCAAAAAGGUCAUUUUGGUAACACAACUGGAGAAACAGCAUGUUCAGAGUGCCCCAAAGGCACAUACAACAAUAAACUGAAUGCCAGUAAAUGUCUCCCAUGUGAUUUUGGUCAUCAUCAGUCAGUGACUGGACAAUCGGCAUGUAAUCCGUGUACCAAAGGAUCCUAUUGCAAUGUAACUGGCUGUAUUAACUGUAAGAAAUGUCCCGGGGGAUAUGAAUCAUUACAGGAAGGUGCUCUUACUUGUACCCCAUGUGAGAAGGGACAUUAUAAGCCUGAGACAAGUGCUGGCGUUUGUUUGCCAUGCCCAGCUGGUUGGUAUCAAAUGCAUUCUGGGCAGGUCAUGUGUAGUGAAUGUCAAGAAGGUUUCUUCUGUCCGUGUCCAACCUGCUCACCACAAGUAUGCCCUAAAGAUGGUUACUGUCCUCCUGGUAGCUACAAACCAGUUACAUGUGAAUCAGCCCUCUUUACUAUGGAAGGCAAGCAUUGUGAACCCACAGCUAUGUUCUACAUCAUUGUUUGCAUAUCUUCCUUGGCUGUGGUGGUUGUUGGUGUGAUUGGUGUCUAUCAAUAUUGCAGGAAACGACAACAGUCUCACACAGUAGACACUGAAGAGAUUACACCACUGAUUGGAGAAAAAACAGAACCAGUGUAUACAGGACUUUGAUAUGAACAUCUUCUUUUCCAGUUUUGUGACAUUUCAAAUUCUUAUACACAAAUGGACUUUGGAAGGCAACAUUGCUCAGAAAAAGUAUUGUGCAAGCGAAUUUAAUGUCUACUCGUGAAUUGUUUGUCAGUAUUUGACAGGUGUACUGCUUUCAAUAUAUUUUUUUUUAGAAAACUCUGAUUACAAUAUUUUUUUUUGUACAUCAUAACUUUGAAUUACAAGAAAGUCAGGGAUAGAAUGGUUACAAUAUUUACAAAUUCUUAUUUUUGUUUUAAAUUACUGUAAACCAUUUAUUUUCACUAUUUUAAUGUUUUAAGCGAGUGCACAAAUUUGGCAGAGAAACAACAAUUGAUAUUCUACAUGUCAACAUGGAUUUAAUUUAGCUAAUUUUACUUGUCAAACGAAAAUAGCAAAAUAAAAAACCAGCAAA